UAAGUGCGGUCGUGUUUUUGUUGCUUCAUCUUGCUGAAAGGUGACUAGUGCUCUACGGGUUAACUACUACUGGUGGAUGAGUUGAUACCCGCCACCGAAAGGGGUUAGUCGUUUUGUAUUCGCUGGAGCAUCCGGACGUGCCGAGAUGAGUUUGCAAACGUCAACGGCGAAAUCGAUCGCCUCGACUCCGUUUUCAAUCAAUGACAUUCUGACGAGGUCGCGACGUGCUGGUGAAAGUGACCGCCGAAGCUCGGUGGAAUCCUCCGGAAAUGAGGAAGAACUUAGUGAAUUUGCUAGAAUGAAGUACUAUAAAAGUGGUCCACGCUCGGGUUCAGAUCAUGCGGAAUUCUAUGGAAAACUGAACAUGGCUGCCUACUAUCAUAACAACAAUAAUAGUGGGUUUAAUUUGGCAAACCUACACCCGUCUCUACGACGAGGAUCGCUGGACUGUUUCAUGGUUCCGGCGGAACAUGGCGAGCAACAUUUGGGCUCUCGCUGUCACAGUGAGGUUCGCGAGUGUCAAGCGGAACGGUACGAGAAGAGGUCCGGUGGAAGUGAGGCGGACGAAUGUUACCGGAUGAAAACCGGUCGAAGCGAUAGUCCCUUGGAUAUGAGGCGCUCGGUGGAGAACGAUUCAGAUUGCGACUCCCCCUCGCCGUACGGUCCCCUAUCUUCGCUACACAACGGUGCCCUCGUUGCAGAUGACCUACCAGCAACCGCAACCCGCAAAAAACGAUCCCGUGCCGCAUUCAGUCACGCUCAGGUGUUCGAGCUAGAACGCCGCUUUGCCCAGCAGCGCUACCUCUCCGGACCAGAACGUUCCGAACUGGCAAAAAGUUUGCGACUCACCGAAACGCAGGUAAAAAUAUGGUUCCAAAACCGACGGUACAAAACCAAACGGAAGCAGAUCCAGCAGCACGAAGCUGCCCUGCUGAACGCCACCAAACGUGUCCCCGUUCAGGUGCUGGUUCGAGAAGAUGGCAGCUACGGAGCGGCCGCGGUACUGGCCGGUCAACCGCACUACGCUUCCGGACUGGAUCCCGCUCUAUUAAACGUUUAUCGACAUCAGAUUCAAAUGGCCUACGGGAUGCCAGUUCCACCGAUGCCGUUCUCCUACUUCUACCCGUCGAAGCUGCCGGGCGCGAUUCCGGCUAUGGCUGCUGCUGCUGCAGUAGCAUCCAAGCAACCGCUGAACUUCUCAACCCGUUCGCCGAUAGAGAUGGUCAUCGAAGGAGGUCACGAUCACCGACCGUCCGCUAACGGGACAACUUCUUCCCCGAUAAGGACGACAACGGUCAGAGAUUCGACGAAAAGUGAUGAGGAAACGAUGUUUGCCGCCGGAGAUCGGAAAGUGGUGACGGAUCGUGGUUUCGAUGAAGCGGGACGGGAACGGUGCAACAGUCGGGAUUGUGAGAUGUUGUCGGUGGGCGAAGGCGAGGAAAGUGAGAAUGUGGAAAUUGAUUGAAGGAAUUGUGGCGGUCGAGGAUCAGUGUAAAUAUUCGGGGGAAGAAACGAGCUAAACAAACCAAAGAAAUCAAAGUACUUUACCAGUAAACCGGUAGUUUAAAUUAAUUGUACAUAAAUCGUAAGUUUAAGGCGACACUUGAAGCUUCGAGCGAGCGUAUAUAAUGUUU